UCACCUGAAGCAGUUUUUAUGCAGGCGAAGUGAAAUACGGAGGAGCGAGACGUCUCUUUUCACCAUAUCCGUCCCGCUGACGUCACGGCGGUCCAUUUAUCCGCCCAGGCUGCUGACUGGCUUCCUGCACUCCGUCGCUUGUAACAGUGCACGCUGCUGCUCCGCCACACAACAGCCUACCAAGUUAAAGAGCCGGCGAAACAUCGACAUUUCGGGUGGAGCGGUGCUGAGCUCAAUGAACAGGACUGCCGACAUCAUGGUGAACAUCCCAGAAUUCUAUGCAGGGAAAAAUGUGCUGAUCACUGGAGCAACAGGCUUCAUGGGCAAGGUGCUGCUGGAGAAGCUGCUGAGGUCCUGCCCAGGAGUCAAAGCUGUCUAUGUGAUGGUCCGGUCAAAAGCUGGUCAGAGCCCUCAGGCCCGCAUCGCUGACAUGAUCAACAGCAAGUUGUUUGAAAGAUUGCAAGACGAGCAACCAGGCUUUGCAGAGAAGAUCAUAGCAGUGAAGAGCGACCUCACACAGCCAGAUCUGGACCUGAGUAAAGAGGAUCAGAGCAUCUUGGCUGAAAACAUUAACAUCGUUUUCCACUGUGCUGCCACCAUCCGAUUUAAUGAGCCACUCAAAGAUGCAAUGCAGCUGAAUGUCCUGGCCACCCAGAAGAUACUGGCAUUGGCCCACAGGAUGAAGCACCUGGAGAUCUUCAUUCAUAUCUCCACAGCCUACGCCAACUGUGACAGAGAGCUCAUUGAGGAAAUCGUUUACCCUCCCCCCAUAGACUACCGCAGACUCAUCGAUUCUCUGGACUGGAUGGAUGACGAUCUGGUGUCUGCUCUGACUCCCAAGCUGAUCGGGGAGCGUCCCAACACCUACACCUUCACCAAAGCCUUGGCUGAGUAUAUGGUGCAGCAGGAGGCCGGAGAUCUCAACGUAGCCAUCAUCAGACCAUCCAUAGUAGGAGCAAGCUGGAAAGAGCCCUUCCCAGGUUGGAUUGAUAACUACAAUGGACCUAGUGGAAUAUUCAUUGCAGCUGGUAAGGGGAUCCUGCGUACGAUGAGAGCGUCUAAUGAUGCUGUGGCUGACCUGGUGCCUGUGGACGUAGUCAUCAACGCCACACUGGCUGCUGCUUGGUACUCUGGAUCACAGACACUCAACAGGCCUAGAAACAUCCUGGUUUACAACUGCACAACUGGUGGGAUCAACCCGUUUCACUGGGGGGAAGUCGAGUACUGUAUAAACAUGACCUUCAAGACCAAUCCCUUAGAGCAGGCCUUCAGAAGGCCCAAUGUCAAUCUGCGCUCCAACCCCUUUACUAAUCAGUAUUGGACCACUGUCAGCCACACGCUGCCAGCACUGCUCUAUGACGGCUAUCUCAGGCUGACAGGCCGCAAGCCCCGGAUGAUGAAGACCAUCACUCGCCUCCACAAAGCCAUGAUGGUCCUGGAGUAUUUCACCAGUCACUCUUGGGUGUGGAACACUGACAACGUAGCCAUGCUAAUAGCUCAGAUGAAUGCCGAGGAUAAGAAGGUGUUUAAUUUUGAUGUGCGUCAGUUGCACUGGGCGGAGUACAUGGAAAGUUACUGUAUGGGCACCAAAAAAUACGUCCUCAAUGAAGAGCUGUCAGGCCUGCCUGCUGCACGCAAACACCUCAACAAGCUGAGGAACAUCCGCUAUACCUUCAACACCAUCCUGGUGGUGCUCAUCUGGCGCGUCUUCAUCGCCCGAUCCCAGAUGGCCAGAAACAUCUGGUACUUUGUGGUGAGCCUCUGCUUCAAAUUCCUCUCUUACUUCAGAGCUUCCUCCACCAUGAGAUAAUGAGCCUGGGGCGCAGAGGGGCGAAGAAAUAAGGAAACACUGGCUGUGGAUGAUGAGAGGUGCCUGAUCUCAAAACCCUUAAAAUGGUACCAUGCUGUCUGUCUCUGACCCCCGUGUUUGCCCUGACACUCUAGGAUUAAAUGGAACCAUUAAACCCAUGAUCAGAGCUACUGGACGAACCUGGAGUCCACAGCGGUCUAAAUGUUGCAUAUCUCAGAUCUAUCUAACCCGAUCUCUAGCAUUUCAUAAAACACAGAGGGCAUGGAUUUAUCGCCCUCAUUUUCUGCAUUUCCAGUCAAUUCAGUCCUCCUCUGGUGCCAGCUUUACUCUGCAGUCUUUAAGCUCCAGGGCACCCAAACCUGCUCCAUCUCAUCUUUCUGCUCGCCUGGCUGCCUGCCUGCAAAACAAAGCUAUGCAUGGGAUAAUGCUCUGCUGCAAAUAUCUUCAGCUGGUUUUGAGUCAGUCCAGGCUUCCUCUUCUGUUAAUGUAAUCUUUCACUGAAGAAUAACUAACUACUCCAACCAUGUAGAUUAUAUUUCUCUGCUGUCACCUGAAAAGAGAAAUCCUUUUUUUUUUUUUUUUUUUUUUUUUCCCUUCCUUGAUUGUGUGUGGUUCUUGUCAGUUUUAAGGCAUAUUGAAAUGCUAAAUAAACCUGUUUUCAAAAAUGUAUAAUAAGCUGGAUUUUCUAGGGUUUUCAUCUGACAGAAGCUUUUGCUAGACAAAGCAUAAACUACACUCAGCUUCUGGGGCACUGGUGUCGGUUUUGCACAUUUGGUUGGAGGCAAUUGAAGGAUGAUUCUGUACUGACUCAGUGAAGGCUUAAACUCUGUCUUGCCCUCCUAACCCCAUCCGCAAGACCAAAGCCAUUUUAACCAAUGUUUGACAGUUGCCCUGACAGCUUGGUGUAGAGAGAAAGUUGAUAUUGCAGGGGUAGGGAGUGUUAUUUGAAAAUUCAUGCCCCACCCAAGAGUUGUCAUUGUCUUUCACUCCUCCUGCUUGGCAAAGACACACUCAACAACAGUGCACUCCUGCUGUAUGUCCCCAGUGGACCGCAGUGGCUAGUUCCCUAGUUCUGACCAAGCACAAUGUAGAUUGUAAUAUGAUGGCUUUAUCCAGUGCCUACAAACUGAUUAUUAUUGCAUCAGCAGAUCUUGCAAAUCAAGCUUCUACAGGUUCCUUUUUUUUUUUUUUUUUUUUUUCAUGUUUGAAAGUAAUUAGUGACGGUCUUGAAGCUAUUUUUGCCAAAAUACCUCUUAGCUUACAGACUCGUAGCUCAGUAGAGGAUGAGACAGGUGGAGUUGAGAGGAGAAAUAUUGGCAAAUUUUGCUUCUUUUUCUCCAAUACACUUUACGUCUAAACUCUUUCAGUACUGUUUAACAUAUUGAGUCAUGGAUAUAUACACUGUAGGUGAUGACUCGUAUCCAUUGGUCUUUGUUAGCACACUACUUUUCAGGUAGCUCUAAUUGUAGCUCACCAUCUUUUGUGAGAGGUUUUGUUUCGUGACUAAUCAAGUGUGUGAUAAAGUAACUUUUUAUGGGUUGUUGUUUCUGUCAUGUUACUUUUUCAUUUACUAUCUUUCUUGCUUCUGUAAAUACAGACAUGCAGAAUUUGUCAUGUGCUCAUGCUGUUUAUAACCUGCUGUUAAGCUCUUGGACCAUUCUGUUGCCUUCAUCAUUCUGUCUUGCUACACAAGAAAUUUGCCUUUUCAGACAAGAAAUGUUGGCUUGUUACAGAAUUGGCAACAUGAGCUGACUGCAUGUUUUUUCCAACAAAUUUCUCUGGGUUUUUAUAGGAGUUAACCCUCAUUGCCAUAUUAAGUCGUCAAUUUACAUACCUGAGGUUUACCUGUGCACUUUGUCGUAUUUGUCUUGUCUGUUACCUAUUUCUCGAGCACACUGCAAUGUUUGAAGAAGCAGGGUGUGACAGUGUGCUUAUCUUUCGAUGUGCUUGCAUGUCUUCUCAGAGUGUCUUAGGCCAUAGCAACUUCAAACACCUACAUGUACGUCAUGUGAAUGUCCUGGAUUCAUUAAGGGUCUUUUUCACUCUCUCUCAGCAUGAGCCAUUUUACAUCAUGUGACUUGGUUGAAAGAUACACCCUUUUGGAAAGACGUGUGCAAGUGUGAAUUGUGCCUGAACUUUUUUCAAUGUUCUAACAAUGUGAAAAGAGAGCAAUCAGAUCUAUGUUUUCUAAUUAUUUUGUGUACAGCUCUAUUUAGGUAGACUUCAAAAUAAAAUGAAACAGAUGUAUUUUUAUGCUAAUGACAUUGCGUGGCUAUUUUACUGACAAAGCUAAAUGAAGCAACGUCAGCUGCUGUAAAUACUUCAAAAGGUAAAUAUGUAAACACAAGUGCAGUAUGUUCAUAGCUGAAUUUAAGUUGCUUGUCAUUUGUCUUCACUGUAUUUGUAUGUGUACCUUUUUUUUUUUCUUUUUUUUUCUCUCUGAAUGUAAUAGAAUAACAGCCUGACUUCAUUUGUAUAGCCAGAAUCUUCCUGACUCCUGAAACAAGAAAUUAACAAUACUGUAAUUGCCUGUAAUUUUAAUAUUAAGCAGGUGUUUGUUCUUUGGAGUGCCGUGUGAUACAUUUUUGUUGUUGUAACUCCAUUUCCUUGUGACGGUGCGAUGAUUAGGUCAGUUUUGUGAUGGUGAAUGGCUGUCAUGCUCCUGUUUAAGGUGGGGUGGGGGGGUAAGGACAUGUCUCAUUCUUCAAACGUGUUGUGAUUUGAGAAGUGAGGGCGAUGAACGGGUCUUUAAUGUUCUUUUACUUCUUGGUAUCAGGGACUACAAUGGUUUAUUCAUCAAACAGGGCAUUAUACACAAGCAACAUUAGCAUUAACUCUGCUCCGAACAAAUCCUAAAUAGUCACAUUGAUCCAUUAUUCAAAUCACUGAAAGCCCCUGAAAACAUGGUUUUGUUUUAAAUUUGUUUGACUAAAUACGUUAAAGGAAUAGUUCAACAUUUUGGGAAAUACACUUAAUUGCUUUCUUGCAGAGAGCUAGAUGAGAAGAUUGAUGCAACUCCUGCAUCUGUCUGUUAAAUAUGAAGCUAUAGCCAGCAGCUGCUUAGUAUAAAGACUGGAAGCAGGAUGAAACUGCUAGCCUGGUUCUGUCCAAAGGUAACAAAUCUGCCUACCAGCACCUCUAAAGCUCACUAAUUAGUUUCUCAACUGAUUGCCUUGCAACCUCACGGUGACAAGAAGACCCCCUCCCCCCCCAAUAACACCGCAAAGUGUUAUGUGUAAAUACAGAAAUAUCUUGUGAAAUAACCAAAACUGUUCCACCUUUGGCAGAAAAUGUUGUGGCCAUGUAAAACCCUGUCUCACAGUAAAAGCUGGCUGACUGAGAAAAUAGUUUUACUGGGCCUUUUUAAGGAAACUUCAUUUUGAAUAAUGGAUCACAGCUUUUGGAACUCUCAUUUGGAUUUGUAUUAGAAAUUAUGCAUAUAGAGAGAUAUUAAGAUAUUACGUAUCUUCUUUCGUUCCAUCAGGAUUUUGUAGGACUAAAUGCUCUUUUCUUAUGGUUUAUUUAAAAACUGUUUUCAUGAAGUUGAAAUGUUACCAGUCUCCUUCGUGUUUCAGAUUCGAUCUUCGGUGUAUUGAUCUUUUGCAUCAAAGUGGGAGUAUUGGGGUUUUGGGUUUUUUACUUUUCUGGCUUUUUGUUUUCAUGACUCAAAGAUUAUGUUUGCUUUUUUUUUUUUUUUUUUUUUUUUUUUUUUUUUUUACAUAGUCAACACACCAUGGGUCCAUAUGCUUAGGCUGUACUAGAAUGCAAAUAAUUUUUUCUUCUGAAGUUGUGAUUGCAUUCAGACUGGUUAUAGUGUCCAUGUUCACUUUUAAAUAUGUUGUUCAUGUGGUGACAAUUGUUUCAUCGCUCUCACUUUUAUGCAGUGUGGUUUCAGAAGGAGAAAAAGGAGUUCUUGCCACAGUCAUUGUCAAUGUGAAACUCCAAAAACAAAUCAAUGGGUGCCUUUUGUUUGCAAACCAAAAAGAAGGAAUAAACUAUUUAAUCCUC